AUGAGCGAGCAGGAUCAGGAGCUAAGGAACAGACAGGCGCAAUUUGCCAAGGAGCUGCAUGGUGAGAGCGUGGAGCGUAGCGGGCUAACGGCUCUGCUCGGGAAGAACCGGGAAGCCCAGCAAGAGGCCGUCGCCAAGUACCUGCGUCACUGGGACGGUGCGACGGACGCAGAGGCCGAGGAGCGGCGGCUGGCGGACUACAACGAGUCGACUCACUCGUAUUACAACGUGGUGACGGACUUCUACGAGUACGGGUGGGGCGCGUCGUUCCACUUCAGCCGGUUCUACACCGGGGAGUCGUUCGCCAUGAGUAUGGCGCGCCACGAGCACUACCUUGCGCACCGCGCGGGCAUCACAAGCGGAGACCUGGUUCUGGACGUCGGCUGCGGCGUCGGUGGGCCUGCGCGCGAGAUCGCGCGCUUCACCGGCUGCCGCGUGGUCGGACUCAACAACAAUGACUACCAAAUCAUGAAAGGCAAGCACUACAGCCGUAAGCUCGGCCUCGGCGACCAGGUGAGCUACGUCAAGGGCGACUUCAUGAACAUGGACUUUCCGGAUGCGACCUUCGACAAGGUGUAUGCGAUCGAGGCCACAUGCCACGCCCCCUCCUUCGAGGGCGUGUACGGCGAGAUCUACCGUGUGCUAAAGCCCGGCGGAGUCUUCGCCGUAUACGAAUGGGUCAUGACCGAAAACUACGACGAAACUAACCCCGAACACCGUCGUAUCGCCUACGAUAUCGAGCUCGGCGACGGUAUCCCCAAGAUGUACAGCGUCAAGGUUGCCCGCGACGCGCUGGCCAAGGUCGGCUUCGAAAUCCUGGUCGACGAGGACCGCGCGGACAACGACGACCCCGUGCCAUGGUACUACCCGCUCACCGGCGAGUGGGCCUACAUCCAGACAAUCGCCGACCUGGGCACCUUCGUGCGCACCUCCGCCUUGGGCCGCCGCGUCACCUCCGCCUUCGUGUCCCUUAUGGAGACGCUGCGCCUAGCGCCGCGUGGAUCCUCCGAGGUCGUGAACGCGCUGGAGUCUGCAGCCGCUGGUCUCGUGGCAGGGGGCAAGUCUAAGCUGUUCACGCCUAUGAUGCUGUUCGUCGCACGCAAACCAGAGACUGCGGAAUAG